GCUGCGCAUGCAUUCCUCGCAAGUGCCACGACUGGCCUUUUCUGCGCUUUGUUUGCCACGCACUUAGUUCCUUCUCCAUUUCUCCUCCUUUAUAAGCCUAAGUCUAACCACGCUUGUUUUCAAACACUACAAAGUGGACAAAUACCAUGGCCACAUUCUUCAUGGAAAACGAUGCCUUAGCUACAGAAUCUCGUUUUGCACCUGUAACUUAUGAAAGAAGGGUUAGAAGUGACCUUGAAACCACUCUUCCAAAGCCUUAUCUGCCAAGGGCAUUGGUAGCUCCUGACACAAGUCACCCAACAGGAACACCCGAUCAUAAGCAUUACAAUCUGAGUGUUCUUCAGCAACAUGUUGCUUUUUUUGACCAAGAUGACAAUGGAAUCAUUUACCCUUGGGAGACUUAUUCUGGUCUGCGUGCUAUUGGUUUCAAUGCCUUUGCUUCUCUUAUAAUGGCCAUUGCUAUCAAUGCUGCUCUGAGCUAUUCAACUCUGCCUGGAUGGAUCCCUUCUCCUUUCCUUCCCGUAUACGUUCACAACAUUCACAAAGCCAAGCAUGGUAGUGAUUCUGGAACAUAUGACACAGAAGGAAGGUAUAUGCCAGUUAAUCUAGAAAAUACAUUUAGCAAAUAUGCUCUAACAGUGCCUGACAAAUUGAGCUUUGGAGAGCUCUGGAACAUGACAGAGGGAAACAGACUUACAUUUGACCUAUUUGGCUGGGCUGCAAGUAAGUUUGAAUGGGGAUUGCUGUAUAUUCUAGCCAGAGAUGAAGAGGGUUUUCUCUCUAAAGAAGCUGUGAGGAGAGUGUAUGAUGGAAGUUUGUUUGAGUAUUGUGCCAAGAUGAAUCUGGGUGAUGAGGAUAAAUUGUAUUAAUGCUUGUAAAUAUCUUAAGAGAAGUGUGUUGUUGCUAGUGAAUAAUUUUCAGAGGAAGGUCUUUGUCUAGACAGUAGAAGGCUCUGAUCUUCCAAGUUUAAGAAGUCAAAACCACUCAAGUUUAGCUCAUGUUUAAAGUGCUUGUUUAUUAUACGCUUGUGAGCUUUAGCCAUAUGUAACUAUUUUCAUAUCAACUUGCAUUGUACUACUAUUUUCUAUCCAUAAUUGUUUUAUAUUUUAAUGAAAAAGCUUUACCAAAUAUUAUUUAGAG